GGGAAGUCCUGGGGGGGGCCUCUCCUUCCUUGCAUCCCACUGAGGACACAAGGGAAUGCCCCCCUUCUUUGCCCCCCAUCUCUCUCCCACCAUCCUCCUUCCCCACCAGAAGGAGGAACCCAGCAGAGCAUUGACUAGGGCUGGUCAGGUUGGAUCAGCACAAUGAUCCAUUGUCCGGUAUCCUUUGUGAGAGCUUCCAGACAAGCUGGUACAGAAGAAGGAGCAGGACACACCCUAUCUUAUUGUGGAAUAAACUGUCUCCAGCAGACAUUUCUUCUCAGCUCACCUCAGUGGUGGCUCAUGCCUUCUACCCCUUUAUAUAUUCUUCUUUGUUGUAGCUAGAGCUGUUUUUUUUUAAAUCCGUACAUGAAUCCUUUGUGUGCCCUGGGCUUCAGAGAUAAUUAGCUGCAUUAAAUCCACAGAUUAAUAGCUUUGUGUAACAUUUUUUCCUUGCAUCAGUUUUACAUUAGCCAUCUUUCAGUUUUACUGACAUUGCCUUGGCUCUUGUGUGAUGAGAAAUGGUAUAUAUUUGGUCGGUAUAUAUAUGCUUCACUUUUACUAUUCCAGUUGUUAUGAAACACAGGUGCUGGGCACUGACCUGCUUUGUCAGUUUGGACAAGUGAUUUCCCCUCUCUGUACCUCAGUUUCCCUCCUGUCCUUUCUGUCUACUUAGCCCAUAAGCUGGUUAGGGUCAGGAGCUGCCCCUUUCUCUGACAUGUGUGUACUUUGCCUAGCAUAGUGGUUCUCAACUGGGGUACCAUGGCACUAUGGGGUGCCGUGGGAUCUUUCUAAGGGUGUUUCAUAGUUUCACAGUUGUUAGGGGCUGGAAGGGACCUUACAAAUCAUCGGGUCCAGCCCCCCUGCACAUGAGCAGGAAAGACUGCUGGGAUCAAAUGAUCCCAGCAAGAUGGGCUUGGGAGGUGCUGCACAAUAUUAGCACUGUCAGGUAUGCAAACACCUACACAUGAUGCACUAUAUAAACCCAAAUAUUUCAGUUAGGAAUCCACACUGUCAAAAGCAUUCUGACUUGUUAUGGUGUUUCUCAGUUACAAGAGAAGAAUUGCUCUGUCAUCUGUCUAUAGUCAAAAAACGAGAGAAAGUGAAAAGCUGGGAUUUUCCCAGGGAUUUGUUUGUUCUCCAUCUUAUUUUAUGCAUCUGAAAGCAGAGUUUAUGUUUUGGGUAGCUAUUGCCCAGUACACAGAUUCUCAAUGAUGCUUCACAAAGAUGCUCAUCUUACGGUUGAUGUGGAACUCUGUAAAGGUGUGUGAGCAGUCUAGAAAAUCCUGUCCAAUAUGAAAAACCUUUCACUAGUAAGCCGUGGAUUUAAUCUACUGCCACACUGUCCAUUCAUCUUGCUUGGUAGGGUUCAUCUGAGGUUUUCUUCCCCAUUUUCUCCAGCCUUGAGUAAUGCAAAAAUGUUGUUUCAUCUGUAAACUUAGCUUGUUCACUUGUCUGGCUUCUUUUCCAGUGCAGUCAUGAAUGUAUUGAAUAAACAGCAAUCCCAGUGUAGAACUUCAUGGGUCUUCUUGAAAAUUGGCCAUUUAUUCCUACUCUUGUAUUUCUCUUAAAGUUUCCACUUCAGGACAGUGCACCUCUCACCCCAUGCCUCAUCUGAGGUAUUUGGUCAGCCACUUCUCCUGAAUCCACUACCCCAUUGACUUGUUCAAAGAACUCCAUCGGGUUAGAGAGGCCCCAUAUUCCUUUGCAAAAGCUGUGUUGGUUUUUUCCUUCCACAUUAUGAGCCAAUGGGGGCUUAAUUCUGUUUUUAAUUAUUCCUUCUACACCAGGAAACUUGGGAGAAAUAAGGGUCCUUACUGUGUGAUUUCCAAGAAGAAUCACACCUAGUGACUUUUUUUAAAGGAUGGUCCCAUUUGCUGCCAUCCAGGGCACUUAAUGAGGUUGCAUAUUGUUGCUAAGAAGUUGCAUAUUCCUCUUUGCAUUCUCAGAUAUUGUGGAUGGACCAUCUACUCCCAGCGCGUUCUUCCUCUUCACUCAUCAAUUUGUUGGAGCAUCUUUCUUUCUGAGAACUCAGUCUCUGACUGCCUCAGUUUUAUUACCAAAAUAAGCAGGUUCUUGGUGGUGAAGACUCAUUCAGAGAAGUUCCUUUUCUGUAACAGUUCAGUUGUUCCUUUCAGCUGUUGGGGGACUAGCAGACCUGCUGGUUGCCUGGGGUUCCUGCAAGUGAUAUAAGUGUGUGUGUUGGGUGGGGGGUGUGACUUAUUUGACUGUGUAUCUUUGGUUGUUUGGGCUACUCUUUCCUCUCUCAAGUUCCCUUUUGCCUGCAGCAGUAUAUGCCACUUUCUGUUGACAACAUUGGCCUUGGAUUUCCAUGUUCUGAAGGAUGUCUCUGAGGUUCAAAGAACCCCUUGGCCCUUGCCAUUUAGUCACCCUGGCUUAUUCUUUACCUUUCUGCUUUCUCUCUUAUUUAAGGGUCUGCCUCUAUUCUGGAAAUCUUUUUAAGUGCCUUAAAUAUCCUUCCUGGUAAACCUAAUUUCUUUACCUUUAAUUUCAGCGAUUUUUGACCUGCUGCUUCAUUUACUGCUCCUAUACUAGUUUUGGUAUGGGCUUAAUGCAGAGAUCCUGGGUGAAUUUCUUUGUCCUAUGUUGAGCCUGAGGUCAGAUUACAGGAACAGAACAGUUCUUUUGGGCCUUAAAACUUCUGAAUUUACAAGCUUAAUUUUAUUAUGGUAACCAUUAUUUAGUAACUUCAUCACACUCUUUUCUCAGUCUAAGUCUAUAAAACUCAGCUAAGAAGAACAUCUCCUUGGCUCUGCUUCAUUGUUCCAGGAAGCAAUCCUUUAAGGUACCCAGUAGCUGCUCCUCUUGGCCUUAUAUUUUCCCAGUUCACAUGUGAGUAGUUGAAAUCACCUGUUAGUGGCAUGUUAUUAAAUUUUGUAGCUUCUUUGCUCUACAUCACCAUUUUGCUGAGCUGGAGGCCAGUAGUGCAACCAUAUUUGUUGUCACAGGAGUUGAGGUUUGUAUCCAUAUGGAUUUCAACAGAUGGGCUGCUCUGCUCACAAUUGUUUGCCAUAAUACGAUGGGGGCCAAGCUUUUUUGCCAUAAACUAGCCUCGCACCCUCCCCCAGUGCCUCUCUGAUCCCUUUCUCCUGCCUGAUUGGCUGUUCUGCUUUCUGCUCCCAGCCCUGUGCUCCCUGCCUGAUUUGCUGCUUUCUGUUUCCUACCCUGUCUGCUGUCCUCUCCCCAGUCUGCUGUGCCACACACAGAGCCUGUUCAUACUUGUUGUGUGUACCCCUGACACAGACUGGCCACCCCAGUCCUAACAGAUGUUUCUGAAGUUACUGGUCAUAGCUCAGCUCCCCAGGAUCUGCACACAACAGGAGAAGGUUAAACACAAAAUUUAUUUGAACUGAAAUGCCCAGCUGUGGAAGAGGAGUUUGCUAAUCCCCAAACUUCAUGACUGUUCUGUGCCAGCAGCAUCACUUUUGGUUUGGCUGAAGUGCAGUCCAUUCCUGUAUUGGUUUCCCUAUCCCACAAAUUCCUCAUCGUCUAGAUAACUAAUGUUAAUACUUUCAUAUACAUAUGCUGAGACUGGAGUUUCUCUUGCCUUGCUGGUCUUUUGUAUGAAAUAGAGAUAUUUCAGGGGAAGCUAAUACUGAGGUUCAUGCGUUCUUUCUAACAAUCAAAUUCAGCUUCCUGGAUGCAUUCCCAACACUUCUCUUUGUCAUUGUUUCAGUAUCUGUUAUGACCACAAGCUCCUCUUCAGCAAUCACUAGUAGUGUGUUUUGCAGGAUCCAUCAGCUUUCCACCUAGAUAGAAAAUCUCUAGCUAUAUUUCUAACAAUCAAAUUCCCAGCCACCACUACCUGUCUGCUGUUCCCCUGUCCCAGGGGGUGGAGCAACUUGUUUGGAGGAUGAGGAUUGAUCAGCUUUACCCCUCUACUUCUGCUUUCCACAACGUCAGCCUCAGCAAGCUGUGUCUGGACUCUGCAGGCCCCAAGUUGCUUGCACGUGGUGUUACAUGGGCCCCCUAGUUAUUGAGUUAUAUAUUGGGCACUCUGAGCAGUAACCCAGGCUGAUGAUACUAAGCUCCUGCACUUCUUCUCUCUGGAAAGAAGGUUGAUGCCAUGGACCAUGUAAAUGGGCAGUUUUUUUGUUAGAGUGCUAAAUUGGGAUUCAGGAAACCUGGAGUCGGUCCUCACCUUUGCCACAGAAUCCCUCUGGGGCAUUACCCUGUGCCUUAGGUUCCCACAGGGACCAUAGGGUUAAGAGUUAUCUCACUAAAGCGCUGUGAGGAUGACUUAAUGAACGCUGACAAGGUGUUCAGGAGCACCAGAUUUCCAGCAAGACAGUGGAGAAAAGCUGAGUACAGCCUUGGCUGCUCCCAGACCUGCAAGCAAUGGUUUGAUCUGUGGCAACCCUACCACAGAAGGGAGAGCACUGAACUGCUGGGUGGAAGAGGAGGCAUUUGCUGUUUGCAUUACCUGCAGCUGUGGCCCCAGGCAGGUUUCAAUGCUGGUGUGAUCUGCUUGUCACCAUUGUAAGAAUUUUUGUCUUUGGUGGGAAAUGCACUAUUAACUGUGUAAGCAGGGGAAGGCUUACAGAGUCAAAAGUGGCCCAUGGAGGAGCUCACCAAAUGAACCGCACAUAAAAAAAAAACCCUGAAACAAACCAAGAAUAACUGAGUGGGGGAAAAAAACACAAAAGGAGAAGCAGAAGUUUGUGCAAAGCAGCACAAAGCAAAGGAGCUGGUGCCUCGUCUAUGCUUCCUGUUCCCUGAGUUGUGCGCCGUCUAAGCAGCGCACUUGUCUUGCUUCUAUCUGUCCCUGCAACAGGGAGGGAGUGAGCAAGCUGAGGAAGGAAGGGGAAACAGAGUCAGAGAGGCUGAUGGACUGAGGCAGAGAGCAACGCUGACAGGCAGAUGGACUGCGAGAUAUAGAUGGCCAGAGCUAGAGCUGCGCAGAGAGAGCUUGGUGCCGGGGACUCCAGCAGAGACAUCAGACUUCCCUUUUCUGGCCGGCAUUAAAAACUCUUCUUUUUACACUUUUCAAGUUCCUUUGGUGGUAACUACACAGCCCUCCCUUUGUUCUGCCUCGACAAUGGUGAGGUGGUUUCACCGUGACUUGAGUGGAGUAGAUGCUGAGGCCUUGCUAAAGGGGCGGGGAGUUCAUGGAAGUUUCCUAGCUAGGCCCAGUCGAAAGAACCAGGGAGAUUUCUCCCUUUCUGUCAGGGUAGGUGACCAGGUGACCCACAUCCGUAUCCAGAACACUGGGGACUUUUAUGACCUCUAUGGAGGGGAGAAGUUUGCAACCUUGUCUGAACUGGUGGAGUAUUACACGCAACAGCAGGGCUCACUACAGGAUAAAGAUGGGACUGUCAUAGACCUGAGAUAUCCACUGAACUGCUCGGAUCCCACGACAGAGAGGUGGUACCAUGGGCAUCUAUCCGGCUCAGCAGCUGAGUCUCUGCUCCAGGCCAAGGCCAUCCCUUGGACCUUCCUGGUGCGAGAGAGCCUCAGCAAACCUGGUGACUUCGUUCUGUCAGUCCUGACUGACCAACCCAAACCCGGGGCCGAGGCCCCUCCACUUGGGGCUGCCAGUACCCCUGGCACCCGGCUCAAAGUCACCCAUAUCAAGAUCAUGUGUGAGAACGGGAGAUACACAGUUGGAGGGGCUGAGAUGUUUGACAGUUUGACAGAUCUAGUGGAACAUUUCAAGAAGAUAGGAAUUGAAGAGGUGUCUGGAACCUUUGUGUAUCUGAAGCAGCCCUACUAUGCUACAAGAGUGAAUGCAGCUGACAUUGAGAACAGGGUGCAGGAGCUGAACAAGCGGAGCCUUUCUGAAGAGACAACCAAGGCUGGAUUUUGGGAGGAAUUUGAUAGCUUGCAAAAGCAGGAGGCCAAGAAUCUCUAUGACCGGCAUGAAGGCCAGAGGCCUGAAAACAAGGGCAAGAAUCGGUACAAGAACAUCCUGCCCUUUGAUCAUACCCGGGUAGUCCUCCAGGGCAGGGAUCCAAACAUCCCUGGAUCAGAUUAUAUCAAUGCCAACUACGUCCAGAACACCCUGAUCAGCCCAGAUGAGCGCACCAAGAGCUACAUUGCCAGCCAGGGCUGCCUGGAUGCCACGGUCAAUGACUUCUGGCAGAUGAUGUGGCAGGAAAACACGCGCAUCAUUGUGAUGACCACCCGGGAGGUGGAGAAAGGGAGGAACAAGUGCGUCCCCUACUGGCCAGAGGAGGGCAGCACCAAGAAGUAUGGUCCCUACAGCGUAACUAACAGCAAGGAGCACGACACUCAGGAGUACAAACUCCGCCAGCUCUCCCUGGCACCCAUCGAUGAUUGUGAUUUGGUGCGUGAGAUCUGGCAGUACCAGUACCUGAGCUGGCCGGACCAUGGAGUCCCCAGUGAGCCUGGAGGGGUGCUCAGCUUCCUGGACCAGAUCAAUCAGAAACAGGAAAGCAUCCCAGAUGCUGGACCCAUCUUGGUGCACUGCAGUGCUGGGAUUGGCCGCACCGGAACCAUCAUUGUCAUCGAUAUGAUAGUGGACACGAUCGCCACCAAGGGGCUGGAUUGUGACAUAGAUAUCCAGAAGACCAUUCAGAUGGUGAGGGCCCAGCGCUCGGGAAUGGUGCAGACUGAGGCCCAGUACAAAUUCAUCUAUGUGGCCAUCUGUCAGUACAUAGAGACCACCAAGAAGAAGCUGGAAGUCAUGCAGUCUCAGAAGGGAAAGGCCAUUGAGUCUGAGUAUGGCAAUAUCAUGUACCCACCUGCUCUGAAGAACCCCCAUGGCAAAGUCUCACGGAAAUCUUCCAAGCAAAAGGAAGAGUCAACACUCUAUGAAAACUUGGAAAAUGCCAAAGCAAAGAAAGAGGAGAAAGUACGAAAGCAACGAUCAUCGGAGAAAGAGAGGCUCAAGGGCUCACUCAAGAAAAAAUAG